UCGAGGUGGGCGGAGCCGUGAUAAUGAUGGCGUCGGUACACGCAGCUAAGCGGGCGCUGAGGGCUCAGCUGAAACAAAGAAUUUCAGCCCUGAGCGACCCAGAAAAGCUUCGCCAAUCACAGGCCGUGACCCGGAAGUUGCUGUCUCACGACCGUUACCGGGCCGCUCAGCGGGUCGCUGUGUUCCUGAACAUGCCGGACGAGAUCCAGACCGGGGACAUCCUCCACGACCUCUUUAGGCAAGGAAAAGCCUGCUUCAUUCCGCGGUACCAGCGCGGCAGCAAUCACAUGGACAUGGUGAGGCUGAGCUCGGCGGAGGAGAUUCAGAACUUGCCGGUAACAUCAUGGAACAUCCGUCAGCCCGGGGAGGAAGAGUGCCGGGAGGAAGCUUUGGCCACGGGAGGACUGGAUCUGGUUCUGGUGCCGGGACUUGGGUUCGAUAAGGACGGCCGUCGCUUGGGGCGGGGUAAAGGAUAUUACGACACGUUCUUGGAACGCUACAACCAACAACUUUCUUCCAGGCCACACACCAUCGCGUUGGCUUUCCAGGAGCAGAUCUGUCCCUCCGUCCCCGUCACCGACAGCGACUUCGUCAUCGACGAGAUCCUCUGUGCCGGAGAUCUGGAAAUUGUUCAAAACUAGAAAUGUGACGGACAUUCUGUGUUCCAGCAAUAACACGAAAUUCCAGGUCAUUUCUUAAUCCAAUAGGAUUGGCUACCUCAGGUUUAUCAUCUCUUCUGUAAAAAUUUCUUGUCUGAGGUCUUCCGGCCUCUUCAUUUUCCUCCGGAUCCAAUAUGACCCGUGACAACCAGAGACUUUUGAAGGAUGGGGGGUACUCCUGUGCCAGCGUCACUAAUGACUCUUGGGUCUAGGGUCACCCUGUGCCCCUUUUGGGCGGCCCAGAGUCACCCUGGGCCGCCCCUAUUAGAGACACAGGGGGUGUCAUCAUCUCCCAUUCAGGGCUGGUGCAAGGAUUUCUGACAACCAAGGCGA